UGUUGUUAAAAUAGCUAGCGGUCACUUAAAAGAUAUGGGCGAAGUGACAGUUAACUGGACUGCUAUGUUUUAUGAACUAGAAGAUAGAAUAGUAGGGGGUGAACCGACAAAUUUGAAGCGGUAUCCUUUCAAUGUUCAGUUCUUCAACUACGGUGGAAUGUGUGGUGGUACCAUCCUCACAAGCAAGACUGUUAUGACCGCAGCUCAUUGUUUUGACCAUAAUCGUAAUAUUGCUGAAAUGACUGUAUUGUCCAAUUCGCGUUUCAUUUUCGAUCCCCAAGCUCGCACACAUGAAGUAUGGGAUUUUAAAGUGCAUGAAUAUUAUAAUACAAGUGCGAUGUUUUCUAACGAUAUAGCUGUCAUACUGGUGCAUGAUGAGUUUAAAUUUGACGAGAAUGUUAAACGAGCUGUUCUUUGUGAUACUGAUACAUGGAUGAAUGAAAAUGAAGUCUUCGAAGCCACCGGCUGGGGAGAGAUUAAGUACAAAGGUGAACUAUCUAACAGUGGACUGAUGAAGACUCAACUUCGAUAUGUGUCACCAAAUGAAUGCAUGAAGUCAAACAGAGUUGUACUUACUCCUGAUAUCUUUUGUUUGUAUGGCGAUGGUCAGAGAGAUACCUGUAAAGGGGAUUCGGGAGGAGGAAUAUUGUGGAAAGAUAUAAUAGUUGGCAUCGUAUCUCACGGUCACGGAUGUGCAGUCGCACCGGCGAUGUAUACUAAUGUAUUUUACUUCAGAACUUGGAUCUACAGAACUGUUCGGAAGCUCAAUGAAUUAUAUUGUCACUUUCAUAAAUCCCGUGGCCACUUAAAACCAUGAUUUUUUGUACUAAUUCAAGUGCUGAAAUAACUUGUUUUUUAAUACGUUCAGAAGAUGUUUGUAUUUUGAAAAUGAUUAAAGGUUUUUGAUUCAAUUGAAAUCCAACAACAGUCUUGAAAUAUAGACUGACAUAUGUACCUAAUAUAAAAAGUGACUUUUAAAUUAUUAAUUAAAGAGUAAAUGAAGACAGGUUUUUAUUGGUUUCAUCAAAACACUGUUUAAUAAAGUCCUAUUCUAAGAAACA